AUGGCGUUUUUCAAACCUUCGAUUUGUUUUCUUUUCCUUUUCUUCGUUAUGUCUAAUGCCCUUGAUAUGUCAAUCAUAACGUACGACCAGAACCACAACAUGGGCCAUACUCUACGACGUUCCGACGAUGAACUCAUGUCUAUGUACGAAUCUUGGCUCGUGAAGCACGGGAAGGCGUACAAUGGCAUUGGAGAGAAGGAGAGGAGGUUCGAGAUUUUUAAGGAUAAUUUGAGGUUUAUCGAUGAGCACAACUCCGUCGACAGGACGUACAAGGUCGGGUUGAACCGUUUCUCCGAUCUGACCAGUGAGGAGUACCGGUCCUUGUUUGUGGGCGGUAGAUUGUACAGGAAAACUCGGUUGAUGAACAGUGUGAAGAAUGACCGUUACAAGUUCAAGGCCGGCGACAAGUUGCCGGCCUCCGUUGACUGGAGAGAGAAAGGUGCCGUUGCUCCUGUCAAGGAUCAAGGCCAAUGUGGGAGUUGCUGGGCUUUCUCGACUGUCGGUGCUGUUGAAGGGAUAAACAAGAUUGUAACUGGCAACCUAAUAUCUUUGUCAGAGCAAGAGCUCAUAGAUUGUGAUAGGUCAUACAAUCAGGGAUGUAAUGGUGGUCUAAUGGACUAUGGGUUUGAGUUUAUAAAAAAGAAUGGUGGGAUUGAUACAGAGGAAGAUUAUCCUUACCGAGCACAUGAUGGCACUUGUGAUCAAAAUCGGGUAUAG